AGAUGAUGUUACGCCGGUAAUUCAAAAAUACAUCUUCUACGAGGACCCAAUUGUCAACGACGAAUGUUUCGAAGAGGAUGGUGACACCUAAUCCAUCGGAGCAAACGUUCGCCGUACGGUUGGUCUGUGCAGAAUAUUAUCAAACUGCUCCUGUACCAUCCCUUGAUCCCGUAUACUCGGUUUUCCGCGGCAGCGAGGUCAAACAUGUACCAGUUAUCAGGAUAUUUGGAUCAACUCUGAAUGGAGCGAAAACAUGUAUGCACGUGCACGGGGUGUUCCCUUAUUUAUAUGUGCCUUACACAGGACGGGAGGAUACUGAUAAACUUGGGUAUCGCUUAGCAGCAUCCCUUGAUGCUGCUAUAAAUGUAUCCCUGGGAUCCGCGAACGCUAGGAACCAACAUGUGUUCAAAAUACAGCUGAUAUCUGGCAUGCCACUGUAUGGAUACCAUCCAAAAGAACACCAGUUUUACAAGGUUUAUUUCUAUAAUCCAACAAUGGUAAAAAGAGCGGCAAAUUUAUUACAGAAUGGGGCUGUUUUCAAUGAAAGUCUACAACCUUAUGAAGCGCAUAUCCCAUACAUCCAGCAAUUCAUGAUAGAUUACAACUUACAUGGUAUGAGCAUGGUAGAUAUGCGACAGGUCAAACACCGAUUACCGCCAGAAGUAGAAUCUGCAAAUGAAUCUCCCAAUGAUUCUAAUAGCUUGGAUCGUCUGUCAAAUGGGCUUACACGGCAAAGCACUUGUACUCUAGAAGUGGAUGGAUUAGCUGUUGAUAUCCUGAAUCGCCAAGCAGUUGAAGGAGAAUUGGUACUUAAUCCGGGCUUGCUAGCAAUUUGGGAAGAGGAGAAAGCAAGAAGGCAGCAGCUAGAACUCAGCGGCGGUGAUUCUCAGCUUGUCCAACCAAAGAGUCCUACCAGGCCUCCCUUUCGGGCCACAGAUAAUGAUAUUUACCAACGGCAAAGACUCCUUCAGAGAUUAUCGACAAUAUCCCAGAAUGACGACUCUGCAAUAUCUUCUGCUACAGGGAAAACUCAAAGCUCUUAUCCUCUUGAAAUAGAUGACGCUAGCCACUUAUUGAAUGCUUCUCAUCUAGAACAUCAUAUUGGGCUAGAAAAAGUAAUACAGAACGCAGUAUCCAUACAACAUUCGAACAUACUGGGCCUUGACUUGAAUCUAGAGUCCAGUUCACCUGGAUCUCCAAUUCAUAGUUACAGCCAAUCUCUUGACUGCAGUGUGUUGAAUGCCGAGGACCUGCCCUUGUUAAAAAUGCUGGAUGGGUUGGCUGAAGAGAAUCAGUGUGAAUCUACGGUAGAUGAUGAUAGCGUACUCGGCUCGCAACCUGUCACUUCCAAAAAUCCUAGAACGUGUGAUGAUAGCGACGAUGACAAGGACGCAGAGAGUGAUGAUAUGAAUUUGACACUGCUGCAGCUAGAUUCUUUGAGUUGGCCCCCACUUAAUAAGAGUCCGCAAUCAUCGGGGAAUCCUAGUCAAAAUGACAAGGCGGAUAGAGAAAUCGCCUGUAAUUAUCUUAGCGAUUUAUCUAUAUUUGAUAUGGAUACCGAUUCUAGUUUGGAUGAGUCCAGUGAAAAAACUAUCCCACAGUGCGACGGGGCUGGAGAUCUUAGUUCAGAUGACUCUGAUCCAGAACUUGACGUAACGGUAGAAAGAUACGAGAGACGUAUUUGCGAUUUGAGAUCUCGCGGUAGACAAAAUCACGGGAGAAUUGUCAAUGUCUCCGAUGAGAGUUCCCAGGAAAAUAUUCGCAAUGUACACAGAACGCCCGAAAAAUCUAAGAACAUCAAAUCUCCACUAUCGUCCCCAAGAAGUGUCCGUAAAACACCAAGGAGAUCAAAUUCACAGUAUCUCAACAGUCCAGGCCGACGUUCGCUGCGAAGUUACCCACCUCUUGGUAUAUUUACUACCUCUCCUAGUAAAAAAAUGCCCACAAUUGAAGAAGCGAUGCUUCCACAGCCAUCCUUUCAUGAAGCACAAGUAGAGUCGCCACAUGAAAUGCCUGCUGAAAUCAACGAGACCAACAACAUUCAGCGGAGUUCACGGUACGAAACGGAUGAGGAAGAUACUUGUAAUGUAACUUUCACCCAAUACUUGGAGACGCAGUUGAAAGAAAAUUCUAAACUACUAUCCCAUAAUAAGCAUGAGGAUAAGGAUAAGCUUAGUAACAAUCGUCUCACAGGAACAGGACGAAAUGUUGUCAUCGUACCUAGAUACAAUCCGCCAAAUUUUCAUAAGGUUGCUGAGAGUAUGCAGGAUUAUGGUAUACCUCUUUGCAGGAAUCAAAAUGCGUUUUUCAGUAAUCAUGCGGAUACGACAAAUUGUAAGGAGGUAGCUCAUAAUUUACUUAAGGUGCCAAGUAACCGAGUUAUCGAUCUACCGCGCUUUGAGCCGUCUUUAGAAUCCGUCACCGGUAUUAAACUUUGGAGGACCAUGAAGGUUAAGGAAGUAUAUCCGGCCGGCACCAAUAUGCCAAAAACAAAGAUGAAGCAGCAUCUGAGUGGUCGUAAUAAAAUUGUGAUCAUACCAUUGAUCGCAGCACCUUUGCCAAAAGCGGUAGCAACUUGGUCGAAGACUAGGAAGUAUUUGGAGAAGCGAAUGAAUGUAGAUAAAAGUAAGGAUAAAACCAAUAGUGAUGCAAAUGAACAAGCCACCGAUCGCCAGAACCCUGAGCUCAAUGUGAAUGAAUGCACUGAGCAUAGCCAGCUGCAAACAGGAACAUCCUCAUGUGAGACUGACUCAGGACUGAGUAUUAAUUUGAACAUGGUAGGAUUGCACAACGAUAUACCACGAUCUAGGCUGCUUGGAAUAUCUUGUGGUCAGAUCGAAGCCUCUUCCCAAGCUGAUAAUUUUAAGAUACCUUGCGAAAAUUUACAAGACAUCAAACCAUUGACGCUCUAUCAGUACUUGACACUAUUAUGCAUAGAAGUUCACGUUGCCACUCGUGGAGAUCUUUUACCUGACCCACAACACGAUGCAGUAAGAGCAAUAUUCUAUGCCAUUCACAAUGAUGCGCCUGAAACAACGACUCGCAAGACACUCGAUUACGGAGUCUUAGUAUGUGACCCACUUUUUGACAACACCAAACCUUCUGGGCAUCUAAGGGGUUCAGGUUCAACAUGUCCUGUUUCAUAUUCUAAAAAUGAAACAGAUCUUUUCGACGAUUUUCGAUCUUUGGUCAUUAAGACUGAUCCUGAUAUUUUACUUGGAUGGGAACUGGAAACUCUAUCUUGGGGAUACUUGUUCCAACGAGCAGUAGUCCUUGGUAUAAACUUGGCUCCUCAGGUAUCAAGAAUUCCCUGCACUAAGCAAGCCUGGGAGAUUCAAACAACCGAAUUGAAUAUCUUGACUGAAAUUAAAAUGCCAGGGCGAAUCGUUUUAGAUGUCUGGCGAAUCAUGAGGCAUGAAAUAGCAUUGCAGAGCUACACAUUUGAAAAUCUCAUGUACCAUGUGAUGCACCAAAGAUUGAGCUGCCCGUCGUUUGCAACAUUAAAUUGUUGGUGGGAACAUCGAGCACCACGAGAACACUCUAUGGUCGUUGAACAUUAUAUUACUAAGGUUGUGGGAAUCAUCAGACUGAUUCUUCAGCUGGAUAUUAUAGGCAAAACAACAGAAUUCGCACGUCUCUAUGGGAUAUUGUUCUUUGAAGUUUUCUCUCGAGGUUCGCAAUUCCAGGUAGAGUCUGUGAUGCUGAGGUUGGCAAAGCCAUCUAAUUAUGUACCGGUAUCCCCAUCCGUACAGCAACGUGCGAGCAUGCGAGCUCCAGAGUCAUUGCCACUCAUCUUAGAACCAGAAUCUGUCUUUUAUACCGACCCGUUAAUUGUGUUGGACUUCCAGAGUCUCUACCCAAGCAUAAUCAUUGCCCACAAUUAUUGCUAUUCUACCUGCCUUGGGCGUGUUGAAUACAUUGGCCAAUCCGUGCCAUACGAAUUUGGUGCAGCUACUCUGAAAGUGACUAAGCAGACGGCUGAGCAACUGCAAGACAAAUUGAAUUAUUCACCAUGUGGAGUUGCCUUUGUAAAACAAGAUGUUCGGUGUGGAGUACUUCCUAGAAUGCUAACAGAGUACUUGGAGACAAGAUUGAUGGUCAAAAAAGCAAUGAAGGAUCACUCUCAGACCGCUCACGCUCUUCAGAGAGCUUUGUACUCAAGACAACGUGGAUUAAAAUUACUCGCUAACGUCACUUUUGGCUACACACAUGCUAAUUUCAGCGGAAGAAUGCCAUGCAUCGAGAUAGGCGACAGUAUCGUGAGCAAGGCGAGGGAAACCUUGGAACGUGCAAUGAAGGUGGUAGAGUCGACAAAACGAUGGAAUGCUCGGGUUGUAUACGGUGACACAGAUUCUUUGUUUGUGUUAUUACCUGGCAGAUCACGGAAGCAAGCCUUCGAGAUUGGUGAAGAAAUUGCCAACGCUGUUACGGCAGAUAAUCCAAAACCAAUGAAGCUUAAACUUGAAAAAAUCAUGCAGCCAGCGAUAUUACAGACCAAAAAGCGUUAUUGCGGGUACAUGUACGAAAGUCCGAAUCAAGAGAAACCGACAUUUCUGGCAAAGGGCAUUGAGACAGUUCGACGAGAUGGUUGUCCAGCUGUUUCUAAGAUAUUGGAAAGAACUCUUAGAAUCCUGUUUGAUACAAGGGAUGUUUCGCAAGUGAAGAAUUACGUAACACGUCAACUUGGUAAAGUCUUAAGUGGUCGAGCAUCCAUACAGGAGCUAACGUUUGCGAAAGAGUUCCGUGGCCUCCAGGGAUAUAAAGCAAGUGCCUGCGUACCAGCUCUGGAACUCACCCGCAGACUAAUUCAGAAGGAUCCCCGAGCCAUUCCUCGUACUAGUGGACGUGUGCCUUACUUGAUCGUUGCUGGUGCUCCGAAUCAACCUUUGUUCCAAUGCGUACGAUCUCCGAGAGAGUUGAUUGCUGAUCGUGGAUUGAGACCCAACGGCCUCUACUACGUUACACGGGUAAUCAUACCACCACUGAACAGAUGCCUCAAUCUUCUGGGCGUUGACGUUAACAUAUGGUACGAAGAAAUGCCACAUCGACAAAGAAUGAAUUGGAAUCUAGGCGGCGCCUUGCGUGGAGAGGCACAAAAGUCCACGAUCUCCCAAUACUUUGGUACUGUGGCUUGUGCCGCAUGCGGCCGUGAUUCCAACGAUGGAAUCUGCAUCGAGUGUAACAAGUUACCGAAUCAGACAGUCGCUAUACUCUUCGAAAGAAUACGACAGAUGGAAAGGGCCCGGCAUACUUUUGAGGCAAUCUGCCAUUCGUGUCUCGGGAGGGCCGGUAGUAUUAAAUGUGAGUCGUUGGAUUGUCCAGUACUAUAUCGUCGUGUCAGAUCGGUUGAUGAUGAACAUCAAAUAUCUCACAUGCGACAAAUUAUUGACAACGGAAGUAUCCUCAGGUCUUGAAAAUUGCUGUGAUAUGAGUGAGUGAACUUUAAACGUGAUACUGAUAACGCUAUGUUUUAUUUAAAACGUUUAUUGUUUAUUCCCCUCCAAGUCUGACAACAGUUAUAACAAAAGUGGAUAAUAUUUACCAAUUAGUAACAGUCAAUUGUAUAUUUCAAUUUUUGGACUUCAGAAUAGUUUGUACAAUUACUUUGAUCCAAGUAGCAACGGCAAAUGCUCCUGCAUCUCUCUUCUGCAAGUAUAAGUCCUGUUUUACGUAGCUAGCGCGACCUGCCCUAUAAAAUAAUUGCACAAAUGAAAAUCAUUUUGAUAAAAUUUCUAAUGAAUUCUCGAAUUUAA